AUGGCUCCUCCUCGAGGCCUGGGGUCUGCUUCGGCGACCCUAUUCUCCAUCAUCAGUCUUGUCAAGGCUGGGAGUCUGAAAGAUAUCGAUCAUGUGGUUCUCUUCAUGCAAGAGAACCGUGCCUUUGAUCACUACUUUGGCACAAUGGCAGGAGUUCGAGGAUUCAGCGAUGCGAAUCUGCAGAUGAACGACGGUGUGCCGGUCUGGAAACAGAUUACAGACUCUUCAUUAACCACGGCUGCCGACUAUGUGAACCCGUGGUACAUCAACUAUCUGGGUGGCAACUGGACCGGGGCCACUCAGUGCAUGCUUACCGGCACCAAUAGCUGGCAAGAGAACCAUGCUGCUUGGAAUGAUGGUACGAAUGAUCAUUGGGCGGUGGGCAAUAGCCCCUACAGUAUUGGGUUCUACAAGCAGCAGGACAUUCCCAUCCAGUGGGCGUUGGCAGACAACUUUGUCGUUGGAGACAUGUACCAGGAAGGUGUUGUCGCCGCAACAAAUCCCAACAGAGUCACCUGGCUCUCCGGCAGCAUCAACGCCCCCGGCGGUCCUCAGACCCCCAGCGAGGGUGGCAACCCCUACAUUGACAACAACAUCACUCCUGGCUGCGAAUCCGGCGGCUUCAACUGCUACCCGCUGAAAUGGAAGACCGUCGGUGAAUUCUACGAAGAUGCCGGCACAACCUGGCAAGUCUUCCAGGACGCCGACAACUUUGACGACAAUUCCUACGCCCGCUUCGAGCAAUUCCAGAACGCGGCGCCGGGGUCCAGCCUGUACAACCGCGGAAUGAAGGGUCUGACGCUCGACACGUUCUACGCGCAGGCCGCCAACGGAACCCUGCCCGAGGUGUCUUAUAUCGUGGCUCCCAUGGAGCUCUCCGAGCAUCCUCCCUAUUCCCCCCACGACGGCGCCUGGCUGCAGUACCAGGUGGCCCAGGCCGUGCUCAACUCGCCCAAGUACAACAAGACGGCGCUGAUUGUCUCCUACGACGAGACCGGCGGCUGGUUCGACCACGUCGACCCAUACCGGUCGCCAAACGGCACAUCGGGGGAAUGGAUCCAGGACCCCUACGGCCAGGUCGGCUACACCUUCAUCGGCCCGGGCUUCCGGCUGCCGUUUUACAUCAUCUCGCCCUGGACGCGCAACGGCGGCGUCUUCACCGCGCACAGCGACCACAACUCGCAAAUCAUGUUUGUCGAGAAGUGGCAGGCCGCAAAGGGGCGCAACGUGACGACCGACCAGAUGGUGCCGUGGCGCCGCAGCCACAUGUCUGAUUUGACCGAUGCCUUUGACUUUGACCACCCAGACUAUACCAUCCCUUUCAUCCCGCAGCCGCAGACGCCUCAUACAGAUUCCAGCGGCAACUACGAUGGUUCGUCGUACUGCCAGUCUCAGUAUGGCAACACGCAGCCGCCGGUGCCGUACACGGGAAACGGUGUCAUUGACGACAUGACGACCCAAACCCAGCAGGGCUUCAAGGCCAUCCGCGGAACGCUCACAGAAGGCCGCCACCUCGUCCUCGAGCUCAACGGCUUUGCCCUCGCCCAAAAGACAACCUUCACAAAGGCAAUUGUCCUGGGCCGAGCUACAUCGCGCCACGACAACCCAGCCCAGCGAUGGAUUGCCCACGCCGUGGUCAUCGGCGGCACAGACUUCACAUUCUCCGACGACAGCGGCAGGAAUUACAUUUGCGCGAGCCAGCUGCUCUGCAGUGAUCCAAGCAAGGCUGUCGUCUUCACGGUGACUUACACGGCGGGCAGGGGGUACGUUAUCAAGGUCAAGGGCACGCAGAGUUACCUGUCUGUUGGGGGUGGGGGGACGUCGAGCUAUGCUACGAUGACGGGGGGACGUGACUACUGGCAGAUAUAUAGCGUUAGCUACUGA